AUGCUCCAGCUCGGGGUUAUCGAGCCCUCCCGCAGCCCAUGGAGGAGCCCUGUGGUGCUAGUGCCGAAGCCCGACGGGUCCGUCCGCUUCUGCAUUGACUUCCGGGAAGUCAACCGCAUCGCGCAGUUUGAUGCCUACCCCAUGCCGCGGGCGGAAACCCUCAUCGACCAACUGGGCACCGCCCGAUAUCUAACAGCCCUGGAUCUGACGAAGGGCUAUUGCCCCGACUGGCCCUCCCACAUGCAACACCUUCGCCGGGUUCUGCAAGCCCUGGACGCCGCCGGCCUACGGGCAAACCCGCAGAAGAGCCGGGUGGGCUUCCAGGAGGUCAAAUACCUGGGAUUCAUAGUUGGCCGUGGCGUGCUGAGACCGGUCCCCGAGAAAGUGGCCACGCUGGAGGACUGUCCCCGUCCGGCCACCAAGAAGCAGCUCCGACGCUUCCUGGGAUUGGUCGGAUAUUACAGCAAGUUCAUCCCGAACUUCGCAUCCCGGGCCAGCCCCCUGACAGAUCUCCUCUGGAAAGGACUGCCUCCCAAGCUCCCCUGGACGGCAACGGCCGAUGAGGCCUUCCGGACGCUCCGGGUGGCCCUGUCCAACGCCCCGGUCCUCCACAAUCCCAACUUCAAUGAGCCUUUCGUCGUCCACACCGAUGCCUCGGACACGGGGCUCGGAGCCGUGCUCUCUCAGGAAAUCGACGGGGUGGAACGGCCAAUCCUCUUCCUAAGUCGCAAGUUGCAGAAGGCCGAGCGGCAACAGACACUUACUAGACUACAAUCAGUAGCUAUGCCUUCUGGCAUCUGUGUUGAUGCUAGAUCCUGGCAGAAUGUCAGGAUUCAGACUAUAUUAACAAGGACAAACUAUGCCUCAUUUUUGUCAUUUUCAAUAUCUCUUCUAGUUGGACAGAGAGAAACUGCAAAUGUGAUCCUAAAAGAAGAGUCUGCAGAAAACAUGGACACCAAGACACCAGAAUCAACUGAUGAAACAAAUGUAGAUGAUGACCCUAAGGACUUACCAGGUGUUGAUAAACAAUUGCCAACACCAGAAGAAAAAGCAGAAGAGCAGGAACAACCCAGUGAAUCACCAUCUAAUGAUGUUGGGUUUAAAAAAGUUUUUAAGUUUGUUGGAUUCAAAUUUACGGUCAGAAAGGAUAAGACUGAGAAAUCAGAACCUGUUCAGCUAUUGAAUGUAAAAGCAGAUGAUACAGAAGUAGCAGCAGAUGGAGCUGGAGAUUGUAAAGAAGUGAAAAAGGAGAUGGUUGAGGAAGUAACACAAAGUGAAGUGUCCCAUCCUGUAGAAAAAACUGAACAAGAGACUCACACUGAGCAGGUAAAGGAAGAAGCUUCUUCUGAAAAACUAACAGAAAGCACUGUGGAGCCAACUGAACGAAGCAAGGAGGCAGAAGUUAAAAGUGAUGGUAGCAAAUUGGUAGAGUCCCCAACUAGUCCGUUAGCUAAUGAAACAGCAUCACCCCUAAGAAAGUUCUUUACUCAGGGAUGGGCUGGCUUUAGGAAAAAGACAAGUUUCAGGAAGCCCAAAGAAGAAGACCAGACUUUUGAGAGAGAGAAGCAAGACCAAGAGAAGGAUGUGACGAAAGAAGAAAAUGCUAUCAAAGAAGAACUGGUAGAAGAAAAAACAGUACCAGUGAAUGAUGGGGCAGAAAUUUUUGUAGAACCUAUGGAUGAGAAAGUGAAAAAAGAGAGUGAGGAAAGAGAAGAAGCAAAAAUUAUGGAUGUCUCAAAAGAAACAUGCCAGGUAGAACCCAUUCCUCUGCCCUCACAGGAGUUUGUGAAAAGUGUAAACAAAGAAUCUGAGAUAUGUCUGACUGAGAAGAUUGGUCUGGUCUCCAAGGAAAAAUCAGAACCAAUGCAAGAAUGUUUAAUAUCCCUAGAGCAGAGCACUCUUCCAUUAUCUGAGGAAAAGAAUGGAGUGCUGCUAGCAACAGAAAUAUGUGAGGCAAAAAUAGACAAACAUGAAUUACCUUCUCCACUGGCAGUGGAAAAGACUGAGGAUCAUUUUGAAAUGCUUGAAGACAAACUGGAACCAAAAGCUCCUCUGGCAACUGAAAGUUUUGAUGAAAUACCCAAAGAGUUUAACAGUGAUGUUAGUACCAUUGUGAAGACAGAAGAGGUAAAAAUAAAUAAAAAAGAACUAACUCUUGAACAAUUAGUUGAGAAAGAUGCUCAGAUUCAAAGCGGACAACCUGCUGAAGAACGGUUAAAAGUCAAAGAAACUAUACCUGUAGCAGUGAAUGAACAGAUCAAACAAACAGAACCAAGCAGUGGAGAUACAGCAAUGCCUAAACCUCUAGAAAGCAUUACAAAUGAAGCUGAAUUGCUUUCAUCACAAGAAAGGAGUAAGAUACAAGGCAGCCCCUUAAAGAAGCUUUUUACAAGUACUAGCUUAAAGAAGUUGUCUGGGAAGAAACAUAAAGUAAAAAGAGAAGAAGCUAAGUCAGGGGAAUCUGUAGAACAAACACAACAAUUGUCUGAUUCUGCAGAAAGUCCUGAAGAACAAAAAGGAGAUAGUUCUGCCUCUUCCCCUGAAGAGACAAUAGAACUUUCUUCUGUAGACAAAGUUAUAGAAGCAGUACAAGUAACUGAAACUGAAGAGGGUGCCUCUUCAGAUAUGGAAAAGAAAAGAGAAAGUGUUACUCCUUGGGCAUCAUUUAAAAAGAUGGUAACUCCUAAGAAACGAGUCAGGAGACUUUCUGAAAGCGACAAAGAAGAUGAACUUGAGAAGGUGAAGAGUGCAACUCUUUCUUCAACUGAAAGUGCUCCCUGUGAAGAACUGGAAGAUGAUAAAGAAAAUGGUGAAGAGCAGAAGUUAGAAAAAAGCACAGAUGAGCCCAAGAGAAAAGUAGAUACUUCUGUAUCAUGGGAAGCCUUAAUUUGUGUAGGCUCAUCUAAGAAAAGAGCUAGAAAAUCAUCAUCUUCUGAUGAAGAAGUAGGACAAAGACUUGCUCAAGAAGGGCAAAAAAUAGAAGAAGCAGCACAUAAAGAAAUAGCCCCAGACAUGACCUUUACUAGUUCCCAGGAAAGUGAUCAAGGACAAGGAAAUUCCUCACCAGAACAAGCUGGAAGUCCAUCUGAAGGUGAAGGAGUUUCAACAUGGGAGUCCUUUAAAAGACUAGUAACCCCAAGAAGAAAAUCUAAAACAAAGAUGGAAGACAGGACUGAGGAGCUGGUCACAGUUCCAAGUUUAGAACAUUCUGCUUCAGAUGGUGAUUCUGGAAAAGAAGAGUCCUGGGUUUCAUUUAAAAAAUUAAUGCCUGGUCGCAGGAAGAAAAAGUCAGAUGGGAUACCAGAACAUGCUCCUGUUGAGGAAGUGGGAGAAGAAACUGCAGAAAACAAUGAAGAAGAUUAUGAUGUUCCAGCUGUUGUUCCUUUAUCAGAGUAUGAAGCUGCUGAGCAAGAGAAAUUUGAAGCACAAAAGGCAAAACAAGAUGAUGUAACUGAGAAGAAAACUUUGAAUAGGAGAACUGAAGAAUCAAAGGAUGCUUUAGUAGAUGAACAGGCCAGCGAAGGAUUAGUUCAUGCAGUUACUGUCACAGUGGUUGAAGGGGAAAGAGCAAUUACAAGUAUUGAAGAAAGGUCACCAUCUUGGAUAUCUGCUGCUAUAACAGAGUCCAUUGAACAUGUAUAUGAAGAUGAAGAGAAACAAACUGAGCAAAUUUCCAAAACUGGAAUAGGAGAAGAAAUAGCAGUAGUUACUAAACAUGAGCCAGAAAUUAGAAAGGAUAUUAGUGGUGACUCUAGUGAGCUGGAGUUAACCUCAGAAGCAGUUACAGCUGGAGAAGAAGCUUCAGGUAUUGAAGAAGUAACUGAAGUGUCCUGUGCUGAAGAGACAACUGAAAUGGUUUCAGCAGUUUCAAGACUAACCGAGUCUCCUGAUACAACAGAAGUAGCUACACCUGUGCAGGAGACAGAAGGUCAGCAAAAUCUAGAAGAAUUAAAUAUGCAAACCCAGGAAGUUCUGCAAGAAGUUGCUGAAAGAGUUAAAUUAUCUAGUGAAGAACAAUUGAUUAGUGGGAAAGUGUCAGAAACAGUCAUUCAGUCACUGUCAGUAGAAAAAAGCAGACAAGAGGUCAUCAUCUUGUUUCCAGAUGCUAAAUUAGCUGAAUCACUCUUAAAGGUAGAAGAACCUGAGAAGACUGAUAUCCAGCGUAAUGAAGGCACAGAAAGUGAUCAUAGUCAAGAUGAAGUUAAAGGAAGUGGUUUGAAGGAAGUUUUGGAGAAGAGUAAGGACACAUAUACUGAAGAGAAAGAAAGAGAAAAAGAAAUUAUUUAUGUAGAUGGGGCUGAUGAAAGUUGUGGAAAAAAUGAACAAGAAAGACAUGAAGAAAUUACCAAAGAACAGACAAUUGAAGAGAAAUCUGAAGAGGAAGAUUUUGCCUUUGUUACAGUGACUGCUGAUGAAAAGAAAGAAGAAAAAAUUGGUGAGACUGUCAGAAAGCAACAACAUAUAUCUCUAGAAAGAAUUGAAAAGGAAGAAUAUGGAACUAAGGAUGCAGGAGAAGAAGUCACAGUGAAUGUAGAAGAAAUAGCUCACGGUGAUAUCACUGAAGAUGAUGUUCCAGAAGUGGAUGGAUCAAUGAAAAGAAUCAAUGAAGAGAAGACUCAGUUGUCUCCAGAUCUUAUUCAGAUGGUGAUUGUACCUGAACCAGAGUCAGAAAAUGCAGAAACCAGUACAGCUGAAGUAAAUAAGGCUCCUAUGCAGAAUGAAGUAAAAGAUGAUGAGCUGUUUAUACAACCCACACGUCCUGAAGAACUAGUGCCUGACAUACCAAUUCAGAUCCAGGCUAUUGAUGUUCCAGUGCAAAAUGUAGUAAAUAAAGUGAAUCCUCUGGAUAUCACCAAAGAUGUUGCACUUGGCUUAGAAACUGAAAUCACAGAGAAAGUUGCAACUGGGAGCUGCUUACAGAACAAUUACACUGAUGCUCUUUUGCACAAUAUGGAAACGGAAAUGCCUGUGAAGAAAAUAGAACCUGACUUCCAUCUUCAGAAAUUAGAAACAGAAAUCCCUGUAGCAGAUGUGAAACUUAAACCUCACCUGUUGAAUACUGAGACACAGAUCCAUGUAGAGACUGUGGAAACUGAGAUAAACAUAAGAAAGAUGGACGUGGAGGUUCAUAGGCACAAUGCAGAGAUUGAGGCUCUUGUGCAAAUGGUAGAAACGGUGGCCCAUGAAGAAAUGGGAAAGGAACCAUGCCUACCAAAUGUGGAAGCUCAGGUCCUGGCAGAGAAGGCCGAAGUAAUAGUCGAAAUGAAGCUUUCCUCAGAGAAGACAGAAGAAGAAAUUCCUACAGAAAAAGCAGUGGUUUUGUCAGAGGAGGUAGAAGCAGAGGUUCCCACAGAAAAGGGAGAUACAAAUAUAGGCAUGGAGUUCCAUGUAGAAAUUACUCAAAAUGAGAUGGAAACAGAGGUCCCAGGAGAAAAGGCAGAUGGAAAUGUGCAUGUGGAGGCUUCUACAGAGAAAAUAGAUGCAGAGGUAGAAAUAGAGGCCCAAGCAGAAAUGGCUGAUUUGAAAGUUGAUGUGGAUGCCUCUGUAGCAAAAGUAGUUGUAGAGGCUUCUAUAGAGAAAGAGGAUAUGAAGUUCCAUGCAAAAGAGAGAGAAGCAGAGUUUACCAAGGAGGUUGAAAUGAAGGUUCUAGUAGAUAAGGUGGAUGUGAAAGACCUCACAGAAGAUACACAAAUGGAAUUCCCCACAGAAACAAUUGAAGUCCUCACAGAAAAAGCAGAAGUAGACAUCCCUUCAGAAAAGGUAGAUGCAAAAGUGAAUACAAGGGUCCUCACAAAGAUUGUAGAUGUGGAAGCAAAGCAGUCAGAAGAAGUGGUGGAAGGAGAAACUGCUGCCAAGCUAGCGGAACAGAAGAAGACUCUGCAGAACAUGGAGGCUGAAGUCAACGGUCAAUCUGAGACUGAAGAUACUAUGAAUUCAAUAAUUUCCGUUGAAUCUCCAGUUUGUGUGGAUUUACAGCAAGCACCUGUGGUAGGUGAUGUAACUAGAGUUCCAGUGCAGAGAGAGAUGCAAGAUGUUGCCAGUUUCUUUCAAACAGAAUGUUUGGAUUCCGUUGGAUCUGAGGGGCCUCUUGAGUUUAAAGAUGAUGGUCUUACCUUUGAACCAACAUCAACUAAGCAAGCAAUAACUGAAGAACCUGUGGAAAGGGGGUCAAUUAAAGUUUCAACUCAUAAACAAGAAGCUAUUGAUUUCACCCAGCAUAACAUAGCAGAUGCCAAGCUUGCUUUAAAAUCACAACACAUAGAAGAAACUUUCCCCAAAACUAGUGAUCUAAAGGAUGUCUUAGAAUCAAAAUGUACAGAAGAAACUAUAACUGAAACCCCUGUGCAGACAGAAACCAUUAUAUCCUGCAUGGAGAUUGAAGGAGAAGCAUCAAAAUGCCUGGAUAACUCUGCAUCUGAAGGCCUAAUGCAAAGUCAAAAGGAAGAUGCCCUUACUUUGAAAUCAAAUUUCACAGAGGCUGAAUUAACUGAGGAUGUUGUGAAAAAGGAGGCAACAGUGGAUUCUAUGAGAAACAAAUUUGGAAAUACAGAACUAACCAUUAAGUCAAGACAUGCAGAUGAAGUAGUAACUGAGGUUGCUGCAAAGACUGAAGUGAAAGGAGACAUCCUCGUCUCAGACUCCAGAUGCACACAGAAUGUUUCAGAGAGCUGUCAAAAAAGUCAGGAGAAAGUAGUAACAAAAAAGUCAGAGAAAGUAGUAACAGUGGAAACAGAAAAAUCAGCUGAAAACGUUGAACUAGCUGCUGGUAGUGACGUACUUUAUGCAACUCCAAUGCAGCAACAUACAUUCACCAAGCAAGAGGAGAUUGUUGUCACCACUGACAUUCCUGAAAUGCAAAGCUAUGAAGCUUCAAAAUCCUCAGUGCCAGUCACAGCUGCAGCAAUUGAAGAGCAGAUCAUUGAAGAAUGUGUCACUGUUAAAGAAACAUCCACAGAAACAUUGCAGUCUUUCUUAGAAGAGCCAAAAGAAACUGAAUUCAAAAUUAUACAACAGGUGACUUUUGCUCAGUCAGGACUGGGGGCUCUAGACCCAUAUGCUGAGGUAAUAUCAUGGACUGAGAAGAGAGAAUCAUCCACUAAGAAGCCAGCGUUACUAGCUGAUGGUUUGAUCCAGACACAAGUAUUUGAUUCUAUCCCUGAAGUGAAACAUCAAAAAUCAGAACUCUGUCAAGAAACUGAAAAACAGGUUCAGUCUGCAGAAAGAAGCCCCUCUUUGACGCAUAUAGAAUUUCAGAAAGAUUGUGUUCAGUCUAUGACUAUUGAGUCUCAGAGUACCAACAUCGUGCUUAAAAUAAUUCAGAAUGCUGUUGAUAAACUGGAGAAAACAGAAGAGACAGCAUCUGUGUCAAGUCUAAUGUGUGAAAAUGAAUGUGAAAUUCAGGAAAGUAUACACACUGAUCAGCAGUUGCUUCCUGUGAACACAGAGAAACAAGAGACCCUCACAACAGAAGAAAAAGUCACUUUUGACAUGUCUGAAUAUGGAGAAAUUUGGGAUUCUAGAAGUGCAGGUGCAGAUCUAGAAGCAGGGAAACACAUAUCACAAUCAAAUGAACAACUGGACGUUGUGGCAACACUAGUGCAAGGUCACAGUGCUGUGAAUGAAGCUGGAAAAGAAAUUACAGAAGAGCCAAGCUUGCAGAAAGAAAAUAGUGAAACAAAGCUUGACUCUGAAGUGGGUGCCGCUGUUCCAAUAGAGACUGAGAGAGUGACAGUGGAAGCUAUUGUCUCAGAAGAUCUACUCAGAGAGACACUUGACACAGACUGUUCAAAGCUAAAGGGUGUAGAAGAUGGGCAGACUGUUCAAAUGCAAGAACACUUUGUAGAGCAUCAAACACAUGUAAAAAGGAAAGACCAGUCAACAGGAUUUGAGGAGACACAGACAGGGAAAGAUGUAAAUAACGAAGACUGCACAUCCAGUGAGAGUCCACAGCUAAAAUCAGAGCUCACUGAAUCCUGA